ACGAUGCACGCGUUGUUCGGGGAACAGGGGCAUUAUGCUUAUCGCAGCGGAGCCACGGGAGGCUAUUCCGCUGGAGUUACUCCGUAUGCUUACGAACAGUACCACCGAUAUGGUUACGGGUCACCUUACCUGCACCCUCACCAACAACAUGUUGGCACUCCAAAAGACAUGGUCAAACCGCCAUACUCUUACAUCGCCCUUAUUGCAAUGGCAAUACAAAACGCGCCCGACCGUCGUAUAACACUCAACGGCAUCUAUCAGUUUAUCAUGGAGCGUUUUCCGUACUACAGAGAAAAUAAACAGGGUUGGCAGAAUUCCAUUAGGCACAAUUUAAGUCUGAAUGAAUGCUUCGUCAAAGUGGCGAGAGAUGAUAAAAAACCCGGCAAAGGAAGCUAUUGGACUUUAGAUCCCGACUCGUACAAUAUGUUCGACAACGGAUCCUACUUGAGACGACGGCGCCGUUUCAAGAAAAAAGAUGCCCUUAAAGAAAAAGAGGAAGCACUGAAACGACAGCAACAGCUACAGCAAGCUCAAGAAGCUCUGGCAGCACAAGAAGUCCUAGGCUCGGCCGAUGCACUAGGUCAAGUACGAGACGUCAAACCAGACGUAAAGCCACGAAUAUUUGAAUGCAGACCCAAACGGGAACCUGGAUCUGAUUGUACGAGAUAUGAUAAAUUGGCAGAACCGAUGGAUGACUUUAGCGAACCCCGAUUACCUCCAUCGGCGGUGUACUGUUCACCUCAACCCUACGCGCUGGCCGCAGAGGAGUUCCGAGCAGCCACAAGCGGCUGGUAUGCCGCGCCCGAGCCGCCGGCGGAACAGUUGCCUCCAGGUUUCCGCGAUCUCUUCGAGCCACCCAGCUGUCAGCUGGCCGGUUUCCGAGGCGGCUCACCCACUCCGGACCCGUACCGAGCUUCCCCGCCACCUCACCACCACUACCGUGCGCCAGCGCCCUCCUACUACCACCAUCAAGCGUGCGUGGCCGCCGCUCCCGCUGCUGCUCAUAAAUCCUACUGA